AUGCGCUCUGCCAUGAUCAUCCUCGGUGCCGCGGCUCUGGUUGCCGCCCACCCUCCCAAGCCGUCCUCUACCCUCACCUCGGCUUCUACUAUUACUUCCACCUUCACUCCUCCGACCGUCACUCCUCCGGCUGUCUCCGCCACUGAGGACUGCGACGACGAGUCCAGCACCGUCGCCCCCACCACCACUAGCAGCAGCAGCAGCAGCAGCAGCUCCGUGAAGCUGACCACGUCGACCACCUCCAAGACCCUCAUCGUGACGGUGACCAGCUGUGCUCCCACCGUCACCGACUGCCCCGGCAAGCCUCACGUCACCACCACCGUCGUCGUCGAGACCACCAUCUGCCCUGUCGACGAGACGACGCCUACCUCCAAGCCUCCCGUCGGCAAGCCCACCACCACAACCACCCCCUACCCUACCGGCACCGGCACCACCCCCAAGCCCCCCGUCGGCACCGGCAGCAUCACCACCCAGAAGCCUCCUGUCGGCACCGGCACCGGCCUUCCCCCAACCCCUCCCAAGCCUACCACCACCGCUCCUCCGGUCACUGCCGGAGCCGGCAAGGUCGUUUCGGGCUUCUCGGCCCUCGUUGCCUUUAUCGGCGCUGUUGCUUUCUUGUAG